AUGAAGCAACAGAAGACGGAGACGGCGAAAUCUUCUGGUACCUCGAUAGGCCUACAGUCUCCACCAGUUGCGAAUUUGUCGAUCAUGGAGGGUGUGGCCAUCAACAGACAUGCUCGUCCGGCAACAAAGGCAUUGCCGAGUGAUCAUGUCAGCAUCGAGACUCUGAUGAAGAAGACGAGCCAACAAGAGUCGUCUCAUGGCAGUCAUGAUGAACAGCGAGUAACAAGCCUUGAGGGUGAACUUGAACAGAUGCAAGAACGGCUGGCUGGUAUCUUGUAUGAGCAAGGCAAGAAACAUCAAGCUGAGAUGGAGCAACUCGAGGCUCGCUUGUCAAGAUCAUAUCAGCUACAGCUGGAAGGGCUGGAAGCUAGACUGGAAGCACGAAAUCAAGAAUGUCAGACACGGUCGCUCAAAAAGUUUGACGCGAAGCUGCUCGAAGCCAAGCUGCUUGCUACUAGUAGAGAUGCUAUUGCUUCUGCAUCCAUCUCAAUGCGGAAUGAAACGUACAAAGGUACCCAAGCUACUGUAUAG